AAUCACUGUAUUCCUGAACUUAACAUGUGUAGGAAUCAUUUUUGAAAAUUUAUUUUAUUUAAUUUAAACUUAAAACAAUGAAUUUACUACCCAAAACGCGAGAGGAAUUCGCCCAGACCGACUACUGGAAUGAGUUCUUCAAGAAGCGCGGUGAAAAAGCUUUUGAAUGGUAUGGAGAAUAUUUGGAGCUAUGCGAUCAGAUACACAAAUACAUUAAACCGGUGGACAAAAUUCUAAUGCUCGGCUGUGGUAAUUCAAAAUUGAGCAUGGAUAUGUAUGACACCGGUUUCCGGGAUAUUACCAACAUUGAUAUCUCACCGGUGGCUGUAAAAAAGAUGUUGGAACUUAAUGCCAGGACAAGGCCAGACAUGAAAUUCAUACAAAUGGAUGCAACAGCUAUGAGCUUUCCGGAUGAACAUUUUUCAGUGGCCCUAGAUAAGGGUACAUUGGAUGCUUUAUUUGUCGAUGAUACGGAGGAGACCAAAGAAUUGGUCAACAAGUACUUUAACGAGAUUCUAAGGACUAUGCGGAAUGGCGGUCGUUAUGUGUGCAUAUCUCUGCUUCAGGAACAUAUUCUCAAUUAUCUGCUCCAGUAUCUGCCUAGUCAUAAUUGUAUGCUUCGCAUUGUCCAUUGCCUGGGUGUGGAACAGUCCAAUAAGGAAAAGAAUGCCGAUGAUGCCUUAAGUUUACCCGUUUUCGUGGUUGUUGCAACUAAGUUUAAGAGUCUACCCAUGCCAAUAUUGGAAUUUGGUUUGGCCAAUGAUAAAAUGCAAAGAUUUUCCAUUGCCAAAGAUUUGGCCAAUGCUGUGGCAUCGGUGCAAAAGGCUGCCUUGGUAUGCAAUGGGCUGGCACGCUCCAAUCUUGCCGGGCACAAUGAGGUGACCAUGGAUUUGCAUCGUCCUGGAGAUGAAACACCACGUUAUACCGUUUAUAUCUUGGAUCAGCCACCAUCACGUGGUCUGGGCAAAUAUGCAGCAUUCAUUGUGCCUCAGGGCAGGGAAAUUGAAUGGCUUUUUGCUACUCCAGCGGGUCGAAAAAAACUCCAAGCAUCGGCCAAAUAUCAACGACUUGCAGUGGUUACUUUACAUCGUGAUCAGGUCUAUAGCACACUGGAUGAAGUGAAAUCGGAGCUGGGUGUUAGUAUUAAGAAUUUAGCCCCAGCGGGUCUCACUGACCAAAUUCCCUAUCUCUCCCUCGGUUCGGAUGUGGGCAAGAGAGAAACUCUGAUAAGUGGUUUUUCCAAGAUAUCCGGAGAUUUUCGUAUAGAAGAAGUAGAGGCCAAUGGCAAAACAUUGCGUCGCCUUAUAUUUUUAAACAAUCAAUUUGUCGUCCAAUCGGAAGCUUCAGUCAAGACAAUAAAAAUCAAAGGUAACAAGGAGCGUAAGAAGAUUGAUUUCGGUUAUUUGGCCUGUCAACAUCAUUUGUAUAUGUCUGUGGGUGUCCAACUGGCUACAACUCUGCAGCAUCCGCAAAAGAAUGUGGAGAAAGAUGUUCUAGUCAUAGGCCUGGGUGGCGGUGGCCUUUGUAGCUUCCUUCAUGCAGCUUUGCCUCAAGCAAGGAUUACAGCUGUUGAGAUUGAUCCUAUUAUGCUGGAAGUUGCUGAACAAUAUUUUGAUCUUAAACAGGACAAACGUCUGCAUGUGGUAAUCGAUGAUGGUCUGUCGUUUGUGGAAAGAUGUCGUAAUGAAGAUAUACACUUUGAUGCCGUACUCUUUGAUGUGGACAGCAAAGAUCUUUCGCUGGGCAUGAGUUGUCCCCCAAAAAGUUUUAUAGCUCCUGUUAUCCUGGAGCAUAUCAAAGAAAUCAUUGGUCCAAAGGGUCUCUUUAUGUUGAAUCUUGUUUGCCGCGAUGAAAGUUUGCGAAGCGAAGCCUUGGAAAAUUUACAAAAAACUUUUUCGGCUGUCUGUAGUUAUAAACUGGAUGAGGAUAUUAAUGAAAUUGUCUAUUGUGCCAACGAUGCAAAGUACAAAACUAUUGAGCAGUGGAAAAAACAAAUGGGAACAGCUGCACGUGGUCUAAAUGGGGCAGUCCGUGAACAUAAAUUGGCCACUGAUGAUGCUCUUGAAGUGGCCGAGUUCUUGAAUGAAUUGAAACUUUAACGUUAAUCGAUGUGAUGUUACUAAUAUUGUUAAGAGAUGAACAUUUUUAAACUUUACAUUUUGUAGAUAUUUUUUAUAGAAAACGCAAAUGUUGAAUCUAAAAUAAACCCAAAAUUAAAUUGUAAUACAGAAUUGUUGGUUUAAAUGAAUGUAAAUAGCAUUUAUAUAAAUAAAAAAAUAUCUAAACUAUUUAA